CAGCGUGAAUCCGGGUGACAUACCGGUAGCUUAGGGUACUCUAACAUACAAGACUCCUCAUGGAACAGUAACCCAUGCACCGGUAUCCCAUAGUAAAUUAGCUAUCCACCCCAACACAUACACGCACACAUGGACAAAGGCCCCAUACAACCCCAGUACCGUACCGUACAUCACCACCAAUCGAAUGUCCGGCCUCCCCAAUUCCCCGGUUUGCCUCGCGGUGGCUGCUAAAUUGGGCUCCUCGCAGCUGUGCUCGUACAGUACGUGUACUAGUACGGUACUCGGACGGUACUACAGUAUAGGACGCGAUCAUGAUUUACGGUACCGUAGCGUGUUGCGUCUCCGCUGCUCUGGAGUCUCACGGUACUUGCCGUGCGGUAGAUCCUGCUUGCCUGUGCGAGCGAUAUACCCGGUACGUGGAGGGCUGGUUGGUACUGUACGCAGGGUACCGGUACGGUACUGUGCUCGAGUACUCGGUCCCAUCUCACUCACUCGUGGCCAGGGCGGGGGACUAGACCAAGUUAGGUCAAAUUGGUCCGGUGCAGCGAGCUUUCAGACAUCCUCGCUUCCGGGGGAGGGGGAGGGGGGCUCAAGAAUGACUUUUAUUGAUUUUUAUUCCGUUUUUAAUAGCUCAUCGACUUCACGUGUAUUGGCUUGAUACAAGUUGGUGGGCGUGCGCUACGGUGUGGUAUGGUAGGUCUGGCUUGCACGGUGCCAUUCCAUCUGCCGGGGUGACGGGAGUGUGCAAAGAUGAGAUACCGGAGGUAUGGGCGCAUGUAUGGGAGCAUGUAUGGGAGGAUGGAAGGGAUGAACGGUCUCACAGUG